CAAGGAUCAAAACAAUCGAUAGAUCUGGCAGGUCCAGGCACAUGAAAGAAAGUAAAUUGGUUGCAUGUUAAAAUGCAUCGUCAUAGAUCUUGGAUCGUAGUGAAUUGUGCAAAAAAUGACGAACGAUGACAGCAUUAGCCACAUACGCUGCCAAGGACUGUGGCAUGAGCUCAUUGAUCUGCCAGAGCUAUUAAGAGAGAGCUCUACAGCUGAUUUGAACGACAAUCAUUCUAGCAUUUGACUUCAAAUCUAUUCAAACACCAUUCAAGUCACUUUAAAUCUCCACAGAUUCACCAUGGCAUCUGAACUUCCUCCCAACGCCCUUGGCAAAUUGGCCUCAUCCGUCAAGAACAUCGUAACUGGUGUUCCCCUGGAAGAACAAAACGAAACCAAUGUGCCAGCCACCAAGCAAGUCGAUAAGAGCCUUGAAAAGACAGUUGACGAGACCGUCGAGACUACUGAUGACGCCACCAUUCACAAGGAGAAGCAAGCUCCAGUUGUGCACGAAGACGUCAAGUCUCACGAGCAUGAGAAGGUCGACACAGAAGUCGACCACGAGGUCCACCAAGACCAUUACCAUACCACUAUUCAGCCUGUCAAGGACAAGAAUGUUUUACCCACCAAGCAUGUCUACAAGGAGAAUGAAGUCGAAGAGGAGAUAGAUCAUCGGGAUAACAAGGCUAAGAUGAAGGCCAAGGAGGAAGCCGCCAGGAUCAAGAACGAGAAAAACGUUGAGGGCACUACUCAUUCAAGAGAGUAUGCUCCUACGAACGAACAUGAGCACAUUCACCACCACCUCCAUGAGAAUAUCCAGCCCGUGAUCGAGAGAGAAACAGUUCAACAAAAGGUCAUCCAUACCACAAAUCGCGUCCAUGAGAAGGAGCAGCUCAACGACGAGCACCACGAGGCCACUGUCGCUCCCGCCAUUUCAAUGGACGAGUUCAAGAAUGGUGGCGCCAAGGCUGGAACUACUACCACCAAGGACAUCGAGAUUCCAGUGUCCGGUGUCAAGGCCACAGCAAAGAAGAGGGAAGCUCUCACUGCAGACGUGGAUGUUGAAGAAGCUCCCAAAGUUGAAUCAAUCUAGUGAAAAGGAAGAGAGGAUCUUCUUGUACCGUACUUGACUGUAAAUGCUCAUGUCAUCGAUGAAUGAGGUAUUGCUCAGAGGAUUUUGUAUUAAUAGGACGGAGUUAGGAUAGUUAUGGAUAGUACUUUGGUAGCGAAUGGGCAAUGCCUGACUGGAGCAAAGAAUCCUCUGUCUGCGAUGUGAUAUGUUUCUUUGGAAUCCAACAGAUGCACGAGACG